AUGGAGCCGCGGACAGACGGAGCCGAGUGCGGUGUCCAGGUGUUCUGCCGUAUAAGGCCCCUUAAUAAGACCGAGGAGAAGAAUGCAGAUCGAUUUCUACCGAAAUUCCCUUCAGAGGACAGUAUUUCGUUAGGGGGUAAAGUAUACGUGUUCGACAAAGUCUUCAAACCGAAUACCACCCAGGAACAAGUAUACAAAGGAGCGGCCUAUCAUAUUGUUCAAGAUGUUCUUUCUGGAUACAACGGAACUGUUUUUGCCUAUGGACAAACAUCGUCUGGAAAGACACAUACAAUGGAGGGAGUAAUCGGAGACGGAAAUAUGUCUGGAAUCAUUCCACGUAUUGUUGCUGAUAUCUUCAACCAUAUUUAUAGUAUGGAUGAAAACCUCCAAUUCCACAUCAAAGUGUCUUACUAUGAAAUUUAUAAUGAGAAAAUACGUGAUUUGUUAGACCCCGAAAAGGUUAAUCUAUCAAUUCAUGAAGACAAAAACCGUGUACCUUACGUGAAAGGAGCCACAGAAAGGUUCGUCGGUGGGCCUGAUGAAGUUCUGCAAGCGAUUGAAGACGGAAAAUCGAAUAGAAUGGUAGCAGUGACAAACAUGAAUGAGCAUUCUUCUCGUUCUCAUUCAGUAUUCUUGAUUACUGUCAAGCAAGAACAUCAGACCACGAAAAAACAGCUCACUGGAAAACUUUAUUUGGUUGAUUUGGCUGGUUCCGAGAAAGUGAGCAAAACUGGAGCUCAAGGAACAGUUUUAGAAGAAGCCAAAAAUAUCAAUAAAUCAUUGACUGCAUUGGGAAUCGUUAUUUCAGCGUUGGCUGAAGGGACGAAAUCUCACGUUCCAUAUCGUGAUUCUAAACUUACUCGUAUCUUGCAAGAAUCACUCGGAGGAAACUCUCGAACCACUGUUAUCAUUUGUGCAUCUCCGUCUCACUUUAACGAAGCUGAAACCAAAUCAACACUUCUCUUCGGUGCGCGGGCGAAAACUAUCAAAAAUGUCGUACAAAUCAACGAAGAACUCACUGCCGAAGAAUGGAAACGACGAUACGAGAAAGAGAAAGAAAAGGUCACUAGGUUAUCAGCUUUACUUCAGGCAGCUGCUCUUGAACUUUCUCGAUGGAGAGGCGGAGAAUCUGUGUCAGAAACCGAAUGGGUCAAUUUGUCGGAAACUGCUCAAAUGGUUGUGUCAGAAGUUUCUGGCGGAUCCACUCCUCUAAUGGAACGAUCUAUUGCUCCAGCUCCACCAAUGCUCACUUCUACAACUGGACCAAUUACUGAUGAAGAGAAGAAGAAAUACGAAGAGGAACGUGUUAAGCUCUAUCAGCAACUUGACGAGAAGGAUGACGAGAUUCAAAAAGUAUCUCAAGAGCUUGAGAAGCUCCGACAGCAAGUUCUUCUCCAAGAAGAAGCUCUCGGAACUAUGCGCGAGAACGAGGAGUUGAUCAGAGAAGAGAACAACAGAUUCCAGAAGGAAGCCGAAGACAAGCAACAAGAAGGAAAAGAAAUGAUGACCGCAUUAGAAGAAAUCGCUGUCAAUUUGGACGUUCGGCAAGCCGAAUGCGAGAAACUGAAGCGUGAAUUGGAGGUUGUUCAAGAAGAGAACCAAAGCUUGGAAGAUCGAAUGAACCAGGCAACCUCUCUUCUCAAUGCACAUCUCGACGAGUGUGGACCUAAGAUUCGGCAUUUCAAAGAAGGAAUAUACAAUGUUAUUCGCGAGUUCAACAUUGCUGAUAUUUCUUCUCAAAAUGAUCAGCUUCCGGAUCACGAUCUUCUGAAUCAUGUCAGAAUCGGAGUCUCUAAACUUUUCUCUGAAUACUCUGCCGCAAAGGAAACCAGCACCGCUGCAGAACAUGAUGCUGAGGCCAAACUCGCCGCUGAUGUAGCUCGUGUUGAAUCUGGUCAAGAUGCAGGUCGAAUGAAGCAAUUGUUGGUGAAAGACCAAGCAGCUAAAGAGAUCAAACCGCUCACUGAUCGUGUAAAUAUGGAACUAACAACGUUGAAAAAUCUGAAAAAGGAGUUCAUGCGAGUCCUCAUUGCUCGAUGCCAAACCAAUCAAGACAUCGAGGGCGAAGAUUCUCUCAGCGGUCCUGCUCAGAAGCAACGAAUUCAAUUCUUGGAAAAUAACUUGGAUAAGCUAACCAAGGUUCACAAACAACUCGUUCGUGAUAAUGCCGAUCUGCGAGUUGAGUUACCGAAGAUGGAAGCUCGUCUCCGCGGUCGUGAAGAUCGUAUCAAGAUGCUCGAGACAGCACUUCGUGAUUCAAAACAACGCAGUCAAGCUGAAAGAAAGAAGUACCAACAAGAAGUUGAAAGAAUUAAGGAAGCAGUUCGACAACGCAACAUGCGCCGAAUGAAUGCUCCACAAAUUGUGAAACCAAUUCGUCCAGGACAAGUAUACACUUCCCCAUCGACUGGUAUGCCUCAAGGAUCAGGCCCCAACGGCCCGAACGCGUGA